CUUCUUUCUUUCUUUUUUCUUUUUUUUUUUUGCCAUGUCCAUCAUCUAUGCUCUUGUUGCAAAAGGAAGCAUUAUCCUUGCUGAAUAUACAAACUCAACUGGAAACUUUACUCAAGUGACUGAAGCGAUCCUUGAAAAGAUUCCACCCAACAACUCCAAAUUAACUUAUGUCUAUGACAGAUAUCUUUUCCAUUAUGUUUGUGAAGAUGGAUUGACUUACAUGUGCAUGGCAGACGACACAUUCGGACGUCGGGUCCCCUUCGCGUUCUUGCAAGAUAUCAAACAACGGUUCUUGGAACAAUAUGGGCGGGAUAGAGGACUCAAUGCUCAUGUACCUUAUGCUAUGAAUGAGUUUUCAAAAACAAUUGCCAAGCAAAUGGAGUAUUUCUCAUCAAAUCCUAACGCUGACAGGAUCAAGCAGGUGCAAGGUGAAAUUGAACAGGUCAAAGAUGUCAUGGUACAGAACAUUGAACGAGUACUGGAACGUGGAGAGCGUAUUGAAUUACUCGUGGACAAGACUGAUAACUUGAAUCAGCAGGCAUUUGCUUUCAAGAAGAGGAGUACUGCUCUCAAGAGAGCAAUGUGGUGGAAGAACACCAAGUUGAUGAUCAUUCUAACUGCCGUCAUUGUGUUCCUCAUCUACCUCAUUGUUUGUACCGCCUGUGGCUUCCCAUUCUGGUCUUCUUGUCGAGCAUAAGAAAGAAAAAGUCCUUCUCAUUGCUGGCUGUUGAUGCCUCCAUUUUUUAUUUUUUAUUUUUUUCAAAUGUAUUAUGGGUGGUCGAUAUUUUUUGCUUCGAGAUGGAAAGUUUU